ACUGACAUUAUCUCAUAUAACUCUGGAUAGAGAAGUAGGACUCCAUGAAUUUAUCUGUGUGCUUCGUUCCAGCUAGCUUUUAAUAUGAUAAAUGCAUGUUUCUAAUUUCUUUUCCCUUUAAUGUGGGAUUAUUCCAAUCCUGGCUACCUUGAUGCACUAAAACACCUCACUGAUCUGAAAGAAGAAGGUAAAAUUAAGACUGUGGCUUUGACAAAUUUUGACACAGAGAGGCUGCAGAUUAUUCUCGAGAAUGGAAUACCCAUUGUUAGCAAUCAGGUGCAACAUUCAAUUGUUGAUAUGCGUCCUCAACAGAAAAUGGCAGAGCUUUGUCAGCUUGCAGGAGUCAAACUCAUAACGUAUGGAACAGUAAUGGGUGGUUUAUUAUCUGAGAAGUUCCUUGACACCAAUUUGGCCAUUCCAUUUGCUGGCCCUCCAUUGAACACACCCUCUCUCCAGAAAUACAAAAGGAUGGUUGAUGCUUGGGGAGGAUGGAACCUGUUUCAAACCUUACUCCAGACAUUGAAGAAAAUAUCAUCCAAGCAUGGCGUCUCUAUCCCAACUGUUGCCGUGAAGUACAUACUAGAUCAGCCAGCAGUCGCAGGAUCAAUGGUUGGUGUGAGACUUGGUUUGUCGGAACAUAUCCAAGACUCAAAUGCCAUAUUUUCCCUUGUUCUCGAUGAGGAAGAUGUAAACAGCAUACAAGAAGUCUCGAAAAGGGGGAAGGAUCUGCUCAAAGUGAUUGGUGAUUGUGGAGAUGAGUACCGGAGAGCAUGAGACCCGUAUAGUUGGAUGUUUUAUACUUCUAUUUGCUUUUACACCUACAGAGAGGCAUACAGCAUACUGUGGCCAGGCUCUCUGUUUUUUUCUCCUUUUUUCUUUUUGUAUGGAAGCACCAAGCAUAGCUAUUUUUGAAAGAAGAUGAAUGGUUGGUCUUCUUAAAUUGUUCGUUCAUUAAUUUAUUUUUAAAAUAAUUUAAUUAAUUGAAU